UGAAUCCUUCACGUUCUUCGGCGUUUGGCUGAAAGUCCAGCCUCAUCAUUUUCCCGAUAACCUGCACAUGCUGUUCCUCUGACUGAUUGAAGCCCCUUUUCUAUCUCCUCAAGCUGGUCCAAUGUAAGGCUGAAGGAACGUAUUUCGUGUCCAAGCAUGUCACCGACAGAUUCCUCAUUCCUUUAUUGCCAUGAGGGUGCCAAGUAAGUGAGAACGUUCAUCAUUUGCCUGCGAAGUUGCUCUUGCUGGCGACCAUCGCAAGUCUCAGCAAUGCCUACGUACAUAUGUUGUCAUGCGAACUCUCUCCGCAUAUCAGUACAGUACAGCGCCAGUGCGUUCCGCAUGCAAUAUAUCAGACCCACGAUCGUCUUGUACUGUACGAGGUUGAAACCGUGACUCCAACGCUGACAGACAUCACUGUUCGACCGCCGCCAAUAACAACCACCACGGCAAUAAUCAUAAUCAAAACAGUAACAGUCAGUGCUAGCGCCACAUCCACCACCUUCCUCUACCCCUCGCCCAUCAAACGAGCAGAAAAACAAAUCGAAGCCCAGGUCCCAAGUACCCUGCCUCUCCCAAUUUGCACCCUGGACAGUCAGCAGCGGUUGCUCCUGCUUCACCACUCCCCUGCCCGUCCCAUUCUACCAGAUCUCAAUCGAGAGCACGGUAAUGACGACUGUGCAUGCCACGACGAUGCCCCCACCUGCCUUGGCGGCAACGUAUACGUAUACCACUGCUACGAGCACAACAACCCAAACCCACACCACUGUAGUUCCAAACUGCUUCCCUAUACACGGUUGCAUCCUGCCUGCCAGUUCUUGUCCAAUGUCGCCUGGAGGCUUCCACAAGGCGGCCCCCUUGAUGCCAGUACUACUGUGGGGACAUUGGUGGAUGUUUGAGCUGGCGGGUGAGAGAAGGACCAGUGUGCAAUAUCCUUGUGCUUGAAGGUUGGAGAGUAUGGGACCCGAGCCCUGCACCCACUGGGGUAGCGCCUGGUGUAGGAGGGCCCGUGGCCGUUGCUACUA